AUGAUCGAGCCCGAGAACUUGCGUUCGGCCUCGCUGUACAUUAAUAACCAGCUGUUGUCCCGGGGCUUGCUGCGCGAUGGCAACAGCAUCGACUUCGCCUGCCCGGGCGAUAGUGACGGCGAGGUGGCCGAGACCAUGAGCCGCAUCAUGGCGGUGGUAAACGACCUUAUUCUGAGGCGGGAUCGCGAUGCCGAGCAGCGCGAAUCCCUCUCAGCGACGUUGCGGACACUCCGCGCCGAGUCCUUGCGGCAGGCCAACGACAUCCAGCGUCUGCAGGAGAAGCACGCCGAGGCACAGCGGAAGGUCGGCUUGAGCGAGGCUGCCGAGGCCACCAUGCGGACACACCUCAAAUCGGCGGAGGCGACAGUCCACCGCCUGAAAGAGGAGGCAGCUCGCACCAAGACACUCGUAGCCCAAACCAGAGCCUCCUGCGCAAACGAGGUGCGCAAAAGGGACCGUCAGAUCGAGAGCCUCAAGAAAGCCGUCACGGAAGCCGGCAGGGCAAGAGGCACCGGGAAGGGCACGGCUGUCGCAAGCAUCACGGUAGUGGGUGACGUUGGGUCAGAAUCCGAGCAUGGACUGCCCUCCGGCAGAGACGCCGCCGACCAUCAAGGCUACGACCUCCGCUCGGAGACGAACGCCUUCUUGGCUGAGCUCGCCAAGGGCCUCAGCGAGGAGAAUGAGGCUUUGCUCGACUUGGUGAGGAGGACAACGGAGGAGCUAAAGGAGAUGAGUGGCUGGGAGGUCACAAAUGGCACGCCGAUAGAGAACGGGGACGGGCACGCCCUGGCGCUCCCCUCCAGCCCGGCGGAGCUGUCGAUGGAAAUCCAUGCGGUGCUCGAACACUUGCGUACGAUCCUGACGAAUCCUUCCUUCGUCCCCAUCGAAGAAGUCGUGGUUCGCGAAGAUGAAAUCCACAGGUUGCGCGACGGCUGGGAGAAGAUGGAGACACGCUGGAAAGAGGCCGUCCAUCUCAUUGACGGCUGGCGCAAGAGGAUGCAGGCAAGCGGACGCCCUGUCAACGUCGAAGAGCUGAAGAUGGGGCUGCGGCUCAGCCCGGUGAAGGUGAACAACGUCGCAGAGACUUCCCACGGCUUUGACCUCCGGUUAGACGCCCUCCACGAGGAUGAAGAUGAAGAUGAGGACGAAGAUGAGGAAGACGAAGAGCGCGUGGAUUUGAUGCUGCGGCACUGCGAUGAAGAGCCUUUGGACUUGGUUCCGGAACCGGAGCUCGACGAUGGCGAUAGCGAUGCCUCCAGCGUGUUUGAUCACAACGUCGACGUUGACGAUCUCGACGUUGAGGAGCCGAACGUCGAGAUCCUCCAACAGUCUGUCAUGGCACCUCUUCCUCCGCCUCAUCAGCUGGGCCCACUUCGCGACUCGCCCUCGGCGGCGAAUAGAAGCGGGCGUCCGGAGUACAGAAGGCAACCGAGGUCUUUCACGACCAUCGCAGAAGAAAAAACAAACAACGUCGCGGCCGAGGACGCCCCGUUACCUCCGCCCCCUUCGGAAGAGAGACCGCAGCAGUCGCCACAAAAGAAGCCACUUUUAUCGCUACGACCAGUGCCUCCGGAAGAGGCGGCUGGGAUUGCUCUGCCUCCCUCUGCUGUUAUUGCGACACCGGACACUUCGGUCGAGAACACGUCGUUCAACUUCAACAAGCCGGGGGAUGAACCUACAGCAAAGCCCGCGACAACGUCUUCGAGGACCCAGACACGCCCGAUAUCCCCGGCAAAAAAGAAGGACAGCACGAAGAGGGACGCGAUGAAAAGGGGCGAGCGGGAAGCGGUAAAGCCAACAACUUCCAAACCAACAACCAAGCCGCCGACAAAGGCACGGCCAACCCGGCCUCCGAUCACUAGGGGAAGAUCAGAAACCAGGAAAGACGAAGCGGGAAGCCACCCGACGAGGCGGCCACCGCGAGCGGCGUCAGCAACCUCGGCUAAGUCAGCUGCAUCCGCUACUUCUGCUACCUCAACCAGAUCCACCGGGGCGAACAGGAGCGCAAACACGGGCAACCGCAAGACCGCUCCGCCAUCGCCGGCACCGGCCUCAAUGGAAUCACCCAACCGUUCCCCGAGACGCGUCAACUCCCGGCUACCGCUGCCGCGGUCAGGCUGUAACGGCGUGCUCCCGCCACCGCAACAGUCACCCCUAACAAUGGACAAGAUUGCUGCCAAGCUAGCCGCCUCGGAACGGGAGGCCGAUGCCGCUCGGGUACGGGCCAAGCUAAAAGCCGCCCGCCUCGGCAAGGGCGUGAGCCUCCCACCGCCGCGCGGGGCCGCGUCUACCACGAGCAACACAGCGGCGGAAGCCGAAGUCGAGGGAACAAUGAAUUCACGUGCGGAAAGCGGAAGUGUCACCGGUUCCGCCUCCGCCUCCGCCUCCGCCUCCGCCUCCGCCUCCGCAUCAGCGUCAGCGUCAGCGUCUAUGUCGGACCGCGCUCCCAGCUCUGCCACCACGGGCUCCUCCUCCAGAGACGAGGAUGUCGACGAGCUCGGGCUGUCUCCGCCACAAGGGCAGCCACAGCAGAAACAGCAGCAGCAGCAACCGACAGAAGACAGGAAGCCGGCACGAAAGAGAGAGAGGCGCACGAGCAACGUGGCGUCGCGCAGGAGGAGUACGCUGCAGCCGUGGGAGUUAGACGCCUUGAUCCAGGGAGGGAAAGUCACUGUCGAGAGGUAG